UCUCCAGAUUUUCUCACCAUCCAAACACCUCUCCCUGGCGCACACACUCUAGGGUUUUUAACUAUUCUUUUGGUCUGUGUAUUUACAAAAUUCUUCCAUUUUCUUACUUUCCCGGCGAACAAACGACGUCGGAGCGGGCCAAAGACUGUGAAGAAAGGUAAGUUUCUCAUCCAUCGAGCCCUUAAGGACUCGAUUUUUGGACUUUCGAGUUUGUCUUAGAUGAUUUCUGUAGUGAGAAAAGGAUAUUGAGAAUGAUAGAAAUUCUUAUAUGUAUGAGAUAAUCAAGCAGUUGAUGGGGUUUCAGGUGCGUUAAUCGGUAUGGAGGGGCGUGUAUGAAAUUGGAAGAGUUUAAUGAGGUUGAAGCUUCAUUGAUGGAGCACGAUUUGGAACUUGCGGGUAGUGGAGGGGGUGAUGGUAGUUCUAGGGUUUCGAAUAAUGAAAGAUCCGAAGAGGUGGGGGUUAGGGUAUGGAACGAGAGUGAUGGGACUGUAAAUAAAGAAACCGAAUCUAGGGUUUUGGAAUUGAGAGAUGGAGCGGGAACUAAUGAUGUAAUUGAAUUGGGAAGUAAUCGACUUGAUGGCAUAAAUGAUGAUGUUGGUAUGCAGAAUAAUGAAGUCGAGGUGCAAAUCCAUAGAUUUGAUGGCGAAGAUGAGAGAAUGGAGCAAACUUUGGUGAAGAUUGACAGGAACUUAGAGGCAGAGAAGUUCAAUGCUUCACACUAUAAGUCCUUGCUGUCUGAGUUUGAUGAUUUUGUUGCCAACGAAAAGGUGUGUACGGGAACAUCUUGGGCAAUGAGCUAUGGCUUUGAGGUGGGUGAUAUGGCUACAGUAUUUUCACUUCGUAAGGCACUUUUUGAAGAGUAUGAUGAGACGUAUGCACAGGCUUUUGGGGUACAGCCUUCACGGCCUUCGGUUAAUGUACCAGAUCAACUGGUUAAACAACCAUCUCGAGCUCCUUUGAGUGGUCCACUCGUCAUUGCAGAAGCUCUGGGUAGUGGGAAGAGCUCUAAAAAAUCUAUGAAAGUUAAGGAAAACUUAAAAAGGGACAGAUAUCUUUUUAAGCGAAGGGAUGAACCAAGUUACCUGAGUACAGAUCAGUUAGACCAGGGGCAAUUAAAUUUAUCAUCCCCACCAGCUUAUGUGGAAGGACCCUCGACUGGGGAUUAUGUGUUGCAGAAGAGGGCGCCAGCAUGUCAAAUUCCAGUUAGACAUGAACAGGCUGGGUAUUCCAGCAAGGAUGGUGCUGAUAUAAGCAGUUAUAAUCCUAUUAAUGAAAUUCAAACUGUAGAUCAUGCCUUAGCAUAUAGUAAUUUCUCUACCCAGAGUGCUUCCCCUGAAGCAAAGCUUUCUGUUGACACAGAGAAUUGGGCCAUGGAUGAAGUUAAAAAAGAGAGAAUGGCACUGGACAUGGAUGUGGGCCCGCCAAUUGGAGGUUCACUUGAGAUGCCUGGGAAUGGAGGUGUAGCUAUGGUUUCCUAUAACUAUGGGGAGAUUGGAAAAUUGUUCAGGUCAACUGAAGGCUAUCAGCAUUCUUCUGGAAACGUAGAAUAUGGCCAGGGAUUGGACCAAAUAAGAGGUGGUUGCAUGGGUUUGCAUCCUUUAUCAAUUGGAGAAAAGCAGUCUGGUGAAGUGAGCGCUGAUGUUGGAGUAAAAAAGGAGAGUGCACCUAAACGGCCAUUUGGGGACUUGAUAUAUGAAAACUCUGCUUUUUUGGAGCAGAAGAAAAAGAAAAAGAAGAAAGACUGUGGAUUAGAACUAAACUCUGAUUAUCCACUGCAGAAGAAGAGUUUAGCCUCUGGAAAUGGUGCUACCAUGGGGAGUAUGGCUGGUAAAUCUAACCAGUUCAGUUCUGCUCCUAGAGAGGAUUCUUGGGUAGAUGUCCAGAAGAAAGAUGUUGGCUCCUCGAAUUCCUUAUCUAAUUCAAUGGGGACAUUUCCAACACCAGGAAUUGGAAACAAUACUGUUGAGCUUACACAAUUAUUGAGUGAUUUGCAAGCUAUUGCCCUUGAUCCCUUUUAUGGUGUGGAAAGAAAUACGCCAGCAAUCAUUAGACACUGCUUCUUACGUUUCCGAUCCCUUGUUUACCAGAAAAGCUUGGUAUUCUCACCGCCACCUGAUUAUGAGUCUGUUGAAGUUCACACCAUAAGAUCUCCUUGUACUACUGGGGCUUUGGAGGGUACUACUAGUGACAAUGUGAAGGAUGUGACACAUUCAAAACCUUUAAAAGCAGUGAGAACAGAGGACCCAACAAAAUCUGGACGAAAGCGUCUCCCAUCAGAUCGUCAGGAAGAAAUGGCAGCCAAAAGGGUGAAGAAGAUUGAUAGGGUGAAAGCCUUGACAGUGAAAAAGGUCACUCAAAGUCAAAGGCUCGUUGAAGCCCCAAAAGCAGAGGGAAAAGAACAAGGCAGCUUAGUCGCCCCAGUGAAAUCAGUUAAACCAUUGCCUGUAAGGAAAAUGGAACCUACAGCCAGGGUGGCUGUGGAGCCUACAGCCAGGGCUGCAGUGGAGCCUACCAUGCUGGUGAUGAAGUUCCCUCCUUGUACAUCUCUUCCUUCUGUAGCAGAGCUGAAGGCAAAGUUUGGUCGUUUCAGGUCACUAGAUCAGUCGGCCAUCCGAGUAUUUUGGAAAUCCUCAACUGUCCGUGUUGUGUUCAGGCACAAAGCUGAUGCAGAGGCUGCAUUCAAAUAUGUCAAAGGAAACACUUCCUUGUUUGGGAAUGUGGAAGUGACGUCCUACCUACGAACCAUGGAAGCUCCUGUGCAGGAAGGACCUGAAUCCAACAAGCCCAGGGCAGACGACACUCAGACAGACCCCUUGCGAAUUCGAGAGGCAGCCGUAGAACUGCGACUGGCUGCAGCAGUCCCAUCGCAGCCUAUUCCGCAGGCAAUUGUCCAACUCAAGUCCUGCCUGAAGAAGCCAACAGCAGAAGAUUCAGGGCAGGUAAUUGCGGGUAGUGGCAAUAGAGGAACCACCCGUGUAAAAUUCAUGUUGGGUGGGGAAGAAAGUAAUAGGGGAGAUCAAUUGAAUAGAAACAACUUCAACAACAACAACAACAACAAUCCUAGUUUUGCUGACGGUGCUGCAUCUUCUUCUUCUAUUGCAAUGGAAUUUAAUAGAAACAACUUUCAAAAGGUCAUUCCUCCAUCUCCAUCCCCUGUUCUUCAUACCCUCCCUCCUCUGCAAUUCCCAAAACCCCCACUUAACAACUUGCAUCUUCAUCAUCAUCAUCAUCAUCAUCAUCAUCAUCAUAACAGUGAUGUAUCAAUAGGACCCAGAAAUUCUCAAAAUGUCGUUGUUAAUCCCCAAAUUGCUCCGACACCACCCGUAACGGUUGAUAUUUCGCAGCAGAUGCUAAGCCUCUUGACAAGGUGUAAUGACCUCGUAUCGAAUGUCACGGGCAUGUUAGGCUACGUGCCUUACCACCCUCUUUAACGAGCCUGCUGGCUCUCUAGCACGACCCAUAAAACAGCCCAUUUCGCCGUUUUUACGUGAAUAAAAAUGGCAUCCGGAUGGGGAGGGGUUCUUGUUGCAGAGGUCUAAGAUUUUUUUUUUUUCUUUUCCUUUUUGAGUUGAAAAGAUCAAAAAAGAAUUAGAAGCCAAAUGGUAAAAUUCUAUGGUGAAAGCAAAAGUGGGGUUGGUUAUAUAUGUAGUUUUUUUUUUUUCUUUCUUUUUGAAAGUGGAUAGUGCAAAAAUGUAGUGAUAUUGAUAGUACCACAUUAUAUUUAUUUGCUCCUCCCUCCUCUUCCUCUUUAGCUGCCCAACUACACUGUGCUCUUACCUCUGUUUAUGGAGUUGCUUCUUUCAAAUGUAA